AUGACUUCAGAAAAGCCUAUAGAGCAAACUUCUAAGUCGCCCUACGCCACUGAAGAUGUUGAAGUAGAGCAAGGGCGCCUAGAUGAUGUAUAUGCAAUGGAGGAGGAUGGCUCGGCAGACAAGGCAGUCUAUGACUAUGACUCGGAGCACUCGCCUUUCACUGAGGUGCGCGCCGUCGUACCUGAAACAGAUGACCCGAGCAUGCCCGUUAGCACAUUCCGGAUGUGGCUGCUUGGCUUCAUCUUCACCAUGGUGGGCUCCGGCAUCAAUCAGUUCUUCUCGCUACGGUAUCCUUCGGUACAUAUAGUGUCCUUGGUCGCGGAGCUGCUGGCUUAUCCCUGUGGUGUCUUCUUGGCCAAGGUCUUGCCCAUGCAGUCUAUAAGCCUCGGGCCAUUGGGGAGCUUUUCCCUCAACCCAGACCGGCAGUUCAAUAUCAAGGAGCAUGCAUUGAUCGUCAUCAUGAGCAACGUUUCCUUUGGUUACGGGAGUGCGGACUCUACCAACAUUAUCCAAGCCUCUAGCUCCCAGUUCUAUAACUUCGGUCUGUCAGCGGGAUUCUCAGUUCUAGUGGUCCUUUGCGCACAGCUACUGGGACUCGGCGUGGCUGGACUCGCUGCUCCGUGGCUGGUGGAGCCUGCACGAAUCGUGUGGCCACAGGUCCUAUCGAAUUGCGCGAUGCUCGAGACACUCCAUUCGCGGGCAAAUAGUGUUGCGAAUGGCUGGAUGAUUUCCCGACUUCGAUUCUUCCUCUACGUCACUGCAGCUGGCUUCGUAUGGUACUUUUUCCCAGGACUGAUGUUCACGGCACUCUCAUACUUCACCUGGGUCUGCUGGAUUGCUCCUCGCAACAAGAUUGUAAAUCAACUAUUUGGCAUGCAGACAGGGUUGGGCCUAAGCCCCAUUACCUUCGACUGGAGCCAGGUCGCGUACAAUACCAACCCGCUGCUUUCCCCAUCAUGGGCUGCAAUCAACGUCUUUGCAGGAUUCGCACUCUUCUUCUGGAUAGUGGUGCCGGGCAUCUAUUACUCUAACACAUGGUAUACAGCUUACCUUCCCCUAAUGACGGCGGACGUCUACGACCGAACAGGUGCAGAGUACAAUACUACUCGCGUUAUCAGCUCACAGAACACCCUUGAUGUCGAGGAAUACAAGAACUACUCCCCUCCAUACCUCCCAGCCACGUACGCCUUUGUCUACGGAUUAUCCUUUGCAUCCAUCACCGCCGUCCUGACUCACAUCGGAGUCUGGCACAGCAAAGAGAUUUGGGCCGCCCUUAAAGGAAAGAGCAAGCUGGACAUCCAUGCCAGACUGAUGAAGAACUAUAAGAAGACUCCUUGGUAUUGGUACGCAGCCAUCAUCGUGGUGAUCACAGCCAUUGCGAUUGCGGUAGUUGAAGUCUACCAUACCAAACUCCCUGUGUACGGCGUCUUCCUUGCUCUCAUUAUCCCCGCCAUCUACAUGAUCCCCUGCGGUAUCAUCCAAGGCAUUACCAACGUGGACGCCAAUCAGCUGAACGUCCUCGCCGAAUUCAUCGGCGGCUAUAUGUUCGAGGGUAAGCCCCUGGCCAACAUGCUCUUCAAAAUUUUGAGCACGGAUGUGGUGGGCCAAGGUGUCUACUUCGCCAUGGACAUGAAACUAGGCCACUACCUAAAGGUCCCGCCACGUACCCUAUUCAUGGCGCAAGGGCUGGCCACCAUUCUCGGAGCCCUGACCCAGGCAGGCGUCACUAUCUGGAUGCUCGGCAACAUUACGGAGAUCUGCUCCUCCGAUCAAGCCGACGGAUUCACCUGCCCCAACGGCCGCACCGUCUACUCCUCCUCAGUGAUCUGGGGCCUCGUCGGCCCGCGCCGCCUAUACUCUGUCGGCAAGAUCUACUCCUCCCUACUGCAUUUCUUCUGGAUCGGCGCUAUCGCCCCGCUGGUCACCUACCUCCUGUACAAGUACACCCGCAAUCGCUUCUGGAAGCUCGUCAACUGGCCCCUCAUCUUCGUCGGCACCUACAACGUCCCUCCAGCAACGGGAAUCAACUACUCCAGCUGGGCCCUUGUCAACUUCAUCUUCAACCACCUCAUCAAACGUCGCUUCUUCGCCUGGUGGACCAAAUAUAAUUAUAUCCUCGCCGCCGCCCUCGACACCGGCCUCGCCCUCAGCGGCAUCUUCAUUUUCUUCUGCAUCUCCUACCCCGGCGCCGUGUUUCCUGAUUGGUGGGGCAACACUGUCUACCUCAACACGGCGGAUGGGGACGGCGUGCCGUGGAAGGAGAUGCCGGCUGCAGGGUAUUUCGGGCCUGCGAAUGGGACGUGGAGUUGAGAGUUGUCUUGUUGUCUUCGCUUUGUUAGCAGUGGUGCGGUGAGUGGCAAUGCAUACAUAGUUAAGUAGGAUUGGUUUCUGGAAGACGUGGUGUGUGAAUUUCGAAUAUAUAUUGUACUAUGAGUGGUUAACUCGAGG